GACUGGAGUUCCUUUUCCACUGAGAAGGCCGCUGUGUUGAAGGCCUUUGUCGACUUUGUCCUUGGAUCCGAGGGCCAGGGCAUGCUGUCGGAUUUCUCCUUCGUCGUGGUCCCAGCAGCCAUGAACACCUGGCAGAGCGUUUGGGACAACACCAUCACGAAGCCGACUGGCUUCGUUCCGCUGACCUUUGAGAGCAACACCGAGAAGUGGGUUGGCCAAGGCGCCAAUGUGGUGAGCUCCAAGAGAAACUCAUACUCCUUGUGGAAGCUGGGUGAACUUGAGUCCGCCGCAGCUGCUAUGAAGGCGCGCCUGGAUGACAUGGAGACUCACUUGAAUGAGUAUGGCAUCGUCCCUUUGCACGGCAGCGGCACCACCAAUACAAAGAACUGGUUCGCGAAGGCCAUGAAGCUGAUGGAGGAACGAGCUCGUGUCCCCUUGUUCCUGACCUAUCGUGCGGUGGGCAGCGGAACCGGUCAGAAGGAGUUUGUGGGUAAUGCUGCCAGUUCGUACAAGAGCUACAGCAAUUUCGGCGCUGGUGACAUUCCCAUGUCCAGUACCCAUUUCCAGACCAUGACUUCGCAAACUCCCCCCGAGUCCAUGGUGCACAUUCCCUUGGCCCUGGGAGCCAUUGCUGUGUUUCACUCUGUUCCCACCGGUGAGAUUGGAGGCAGUCUGAAGUUGGAUGCCUGUCUGCUGGCCAAGAUCUUCAGUGGCCAAGUGGAGACUUGGGAUCACGCAGACAUCAAAGCGCAGAACCCAGGCAUCAAUGUUCCAGCAGGCUCCAAGAUCAAGGUCUUCCACCGUAGGUUGGGCUCCAGCAGCACUGGUGGAAUCACCGGCUACCUCAACAAAAAGUGCCCAGAACAUUGGAGCUUGGGAGCUGGAUCUUCAAUCAGCUGGCCAGCCAAGAGCAGCUUUCAGCCUGUGGAGGGAUCUCCAGGCAUGCAGAGUGCCCUGAAGGACAACCAGUACGGCAUCGGCUACCUGGAUGCCGGCCAUGGCCACGACUUCGGAUUGUCCGAAGUGGCCCUCACGAACCUUGCAGGACAGACCAGGACAUCCAAGGAAUCCAUUGCACUUGGUGGCGUGGCAGAAGCUGGCACUGCUGCAGCCAAUGGCAAUGUCUUCCCCACUGACGUCUCGGCUGAUUGGUCUAGUGUGAACCUGUAUGACAUGGCUGGGGACAGCACAUGGCCAAUCGUUCUGGUGAGCUAUUUGUACGUGAAGAAGGAUCAGUCUGCUACAAAUCCAAAGACCGCGGCAGCACUGAAGGCCUUCAUCAAGAUGGUUGUGGAUGAUACGGAUGGCAUGGCUCAGCAGUUCGGCUUCACGCCACCAAGCGCCGACCUGAAAAGAUUGAGCAAUAGUGCGGCUGAUGCAAUUGCCUAUCCCUCAACCAUGCAAGCCUUCGACGUCGAAAGCAGCACCAACGCCUAUGGUGGCAUGGCAACCAAUGUGAUCAGCAUGAAGCGCCAUUCCUACGACAUCUAUGACAGCAACGUCAUGAGGGACGCGUUGUCCAAGCUCGAGACAGAUUACCGCACAGUGAAGCAGGAGGAGCCCAUGAAAAAGUAUGACAACACCCUCCCAGUGCUUUGCUCUGUGGUUGCCCUGGUGAUCUCUUUGCUGACCAGCUGCAUGGCUUGCUUUGCCUUCAAGGCAGCGAAGUCCGCGGGGGCGGCACCGCCUGCCCUGCCCCAGGCUGAGUCCGGCACCAUCAUCGGCCUUGCUGCACCAAUGCCGAAGGAAGAGAAAAAGGCAGUCGACCUCAAGGACGAGGAGAAGGGAAAGGCGGCCAUUUGGAAGACAUUUCACCUGGAGGUUCACAUCUCUCCGGCUAAGCCGAGAGAAUCUGUUAGCCUUUGGUACUUGGAGUCCUGGAGAGUUCGACUCUGCGGAACGCUGAUCGUCCUUUCCAUGGGCAGCCCAGGGACCGAAGGAUGGCUGCAAAGCUCAGACAACCGACUGUGGUCUGUGGUGCUAUCCAAGUUGAGUGCCGCCGUGCUGCCAGUAUUUGACUCAAAGACGUCCGAAGCAGUGCUCUCCUCGCGAUGCUGCGACUUCUGGAAUUGGGCAAGUGCAAUUGCGUUUCAGCGCAAUGCGCGGCUGUUGAAGGACGUGCGAUUGACCUAUCGCGCAGUGGGCAGCAGCACGGGUCAGAGGGAAUUUACGCAGCAAACGUCCGGUGACUUCACUGCUGGGCUGACCGACUUUGCUGCUGGCGAUAUCCCAAUGGACCCAAGUCGCUAUUCGAGCCUCACUACUGCUGGGCGAUCCAUGGUGCACGUGCCCUUCUGCUUGGGAGCCAUCGGAGUGUUUCACUCCGUGCCAGCCGGUGAGGUUGGAGAUGCCAAGGGCUUGAAGCUUUCUCCGUGUGUCUUGGCAAAGAUCAUGAAGGGCGAGAUCACGACUUGGGACCACCAGGACAUCAAGGCGGAAAACCCGAAUCUCAACGUUCCUGCCGGCACAACAAUCAAGGUGGGUCAUCGAACCGAAGGAUCCAGCAGCACUACUGGCUUCACAGGAUACCUGAACUCCAAAUGCCCAGCUGAUUGGAGCCUGGGCUCUGGUAGCAUCGUGAGCUGGCCCACCAGCUCGGGAUUCACACCGGUUCCCGGGCUGAGUUCGGCCAAGCACUGCAUGUCGCCAUGUCAAACUCGUGAGGUUCAAGGUUCCGGUGGAAUGGCGUCCUUCAUUGCUGGUACCCCUUAUGCCAUUGGCUACUUGGAUGCUGGCCACGGUCAUCAGCAGGAUUUCCAGGAAGUGAACCUGAAGAACGAGGCAGACACGUGGCUCAAUUCCAAGGAUGCCUUGAUGGCCACUGACGCCAACGGCAACAACGGUGUCGCUGCAGCAGGCAAAGCCGCGGCGGAGGCCGCUCCCUUCCCAGCUGCAACUGACGACUGGAGCAGCGUGAACCUCUACGGCAAAGCCGGGACCAACACCUGGCCGAUU